UUGAUAUUUUAUUACUAAACAUGAGCAAUCAUUUGAGGUCAUUUUUUUGUAGGCCACGGGCGUUCCUUCGCACCAAACUUCACAUCAAACCAUGUGUUUUAUAGACAUGUAGAAAUAGGAAAGGGCCUUCCCUAAACUUCUGUCACCUAGAUAGAUAAAAGAUGCCAGACCAACGAGCACUAAAGAACCCCUACCUGGACUAUAAUGGCCCCGAGAGCACACAGGACCUGUUCGACGCACAGGGCAAACUCUCGGCCGGUUUUGUGGAUCGAAUCAGCUAUAAAAUCAGAGAGCUGUUGGCCGUGAUGGAGAAUGGGCUGAAGACGGCCGACCCGACCGACUGCACCGGCUACACAGGCUGGGCAGGCAUCGCCUUGCUCUACCUGCACCUUCACUCCAUCUACGGCGACCCUGCUUUCCUCCUCAAGGCGUUGGAGCACGUGGAGCGAAGCUUGAGGAGUCUGACCCAGCGCUGGGUGACUUUCCUGUGCGGAGACGCUGGGCCGCUCGCCGUCGCCGCCGUGGUUUUCCAUCGCCUGAACAGAACGCAAGAAUCGGACGAGUGCAUCAACAGGUUGUUGCAGCUGCAUAAAUCAGUAGUGCGAGGGUCAGGAAGCAUCCCGGACGAGCUGCUCUACGGCCGCGUGGGCUUCCUCUUCUCCCUCAGCUUCAUCAACCAGCAGUUCCAGCAGGAGAAAAUCCCCAUUCAGUACAUUCAACAGAUCUGCGACGCCGUGUUGGUCUCGGGACAGAAUCUGUCUCAGAGGAUGAGGGUGGGGCAUCAGACGCCGCUCAUGUACGAGUGGUAUCAGGAGCACUAUGUGGGUGCCGCCCAUGGUCUGGCUGGCAUCUACUACUUCCUCAUGCAGCCCGGUUUCGUCUCCAGUGAGGGCACCGUGUCAGCACUCGUAAAGCCCAGCGUAGAUUACAUGUGCCAGCUGAAGUUUCCCUCAGGGAAUUACCCUCCUUGUGUGGACGAUGGCCGCGAUCUGCUGGUGCACUGGUGCCACGGCUCGCCUGGAGUCAUCUACAUGCUGCUGCAGGCCUACAAGGUAUUUGGGCAUCAGCAGUACCUGCAGGAUGCCAUGCAGUGUGGAGAGGUGAUCUGGCACAGAGGACUACUGAAGAAAGGAUACGGCCUGUGUCACGGUGCAGCCGGCAAUGCCUACGCCUUCCUGGCACUGUACAGACUCACCCAGGAGCCCAGGCAUCUGUACAGGGCCUGCAUGUUUGCAGACUGGUGCAUGAACUAUGGGAAACACGGCUGCCGCACCCCCGACACGCCCUUCUCUCUCUUUGAAGGAAUGGCCGGAACCAUUUACUUCCUCGCCGACCUUUUGCAGCCGUCGAUGGCGAAGUUCCCGGCGUUCGAAGUGUGAAGUGGGGAAGGUUGAAAUAAGAGCUCCGGGUGAGGUGUGGGCCUGGAGUUGAGCGGCCUCGGCGGCCGUGUUCUAUUCCUCGUUGUGCGCAUGCUGCACGCUUGUGUUUUGCUUCCUCCCCGUGUCCCAGCGUGCUUCCUGCGGGAGAAACUUAACGUCGUAGAUAAAGGUAGAGGGUGGUGAGCUGAGUGUGUGUCGGGUAUUUAGAGAUGCUUUGUAAAGUGUUGGUUAUGUUUACGCUCCAGAAGAAGAAAGUGCUAUUUUUGUAUUUUGAUUAUUGCGCUCUAUACUUAGUGGCAGCAAGUUUAGCAUCGUUCACAAUGUCAUGAAACUCGUCUACUGUAACACUGCUUAUUAAAUCUGAGGAAUAUUGAUGGAAAUUCUUGUUGUAAUUCUGUUUAACAGCAUCUGAUCAGUAAUAAAAGCUGAUAGAGAAAAAAAUA